CGUGUGGCGCAUCUGAUUCUGUUGUGGAGGGUGAUUUGAAUCUUUGGCUACUCUUUUUAAGUCAUCUGUAUAAUCUUGGGCAAUACGCUGAGAUGUGAUUGCCCCUUAUUUUAGUUUAACCUCACGGUACUCUGUAUUUUAAGUAUAGUUUUGGCAGCUGAUCCCUAAUUUAUUGUUGUACGUCAACUAGUGCAGAUGGCCACCACGGAAAUGAACACUCCUGCCAUGCCGGGAGAACAGAGGGAGAACACGUUGACGCUUUCUGAAGAGGACGCCUCACCUGUUCUAAAUGACAGUGCAGCUCCGCUGAACUUCUCUGAGCUCACACCUGGUCAGUUCGGCAUCUCAGCCCAGAGUUUUAUCCCGUCGUCUUCAAACCAUAAAAGUAAAUCUCGUCUUGCGCAAAUAAAGGCAAGACGGAGGUCCAGCAUCGGUGUCCGGGGUUCUCCAGAGACAAACUCUCUUAUUAGGUUCAUAGCACAGCAGAGGAUGAAGACUCCACCAGCUCAGCAAACUUCAGAGCACGUCAAGAGUAGCCCCUUCCUUCCCCGGGUCACCUCCACACUGAGGCAGAAGAUGGCCUCCUUCCAGAGCCUGAUGGAUGUGGAGGAGACGGGGGUUUGUGAUCAGAUGCCAAGGCAGGACAGCGACGGUGGAGGAUGCAUCAAGACAAGAGAUUAUGUGCCUGAAAGUAACAGCCUUAAUAGAGGGAAGGAGAACGACCCGCCAGUGGUGACACUAACACCCAGCAAAAGGAGGCGCCUGGGCCCCCUUGAAGGCUGCGAGGUGGAGAUUAGAGAGGACAGUGGUUUUGAACCGCAAAGCCCCACACAAACACCUUCUGAUGAUCCCGCAGCCAUUUCACCCACCCAGCUCGGCUCCCCGUUCCACAUCUCUUCUCUCCCUUCUCUGCUGGAGAUGGAGCCCAAAGCAAAGAAUGACACCAGUGUGACAUGUGCUGUUAAGAAGAAGAAAGUGCAUUUUGGUGGUCCGCUGUCUCCAGAGUUAUUUGAUAAGAAUCUGCCCCCCAGCACACCAUUACAGAAAGGGGCCACGCCAGCCCGAGCACCCACGCCAGGUGGGGCUUUGCGUUCGGUGCUGAAGACUCCACAGAGGAAUGAGUCUCUCACUCCACCAGCUCAGCCAGACUUCAGCAACCCCGCUGUGUCUGGCGCUUCCCCUGUUCUUGCAAUGUCUCGAUACAGCAAAAUAAUGUCUGUAGAAACAGACAAUAAAGACGAGGAUAAAAAGAUUGUUUUCCCUUUAAUGGAGGAAACUGACUGUCCAGCGACGAGUUGUGCAGAAGUCUUGGAAGCUCAGCCAUUAAAUUUAUACCAUGCUUUUCAUGGGGAGUCUCCUUCUGAGAAGGUGACAGAGUCUGAAACCAAACAGAUGGAUCUCCUGGAUGAGCUGGCAUCCUCGCCAGAUAAGGGAAAGGAGCCUCAAGCACCAGUUCAAUCUCGAAAGCAAAGCAAAGAGCUGCCAGGACCACAGUGUGGCUCUACGAGUGUGGCCCCAGUUCGCUCUAGUUCUCGAAAGAGAAAGCAGCCAAAAGAGAGUGGACCUAUGAAAAGGUCGACGCGCUCCGCUGCCAUGUCGGCCUCUAAAAAGAUUAAGAUAACCUCUACAGCAACGCACCGCUGGAACAAAGAUGUGGAUCAUUCCCUCUAUGGCUCUCGGAAAUUCGCCUCCAAAAACCCCAGCCUCAGUCCCAUAACUGAAAGCCUGUCCUUUCUCAGUCAGUCAUCAGCAGCACUACAGACAUCCUCUGCAGCAUUCACAGAAGUCAUGGACCAGGAGACCUGCUUGAAUCCUGAGAUAGUUGAAGCCACUCAAGCAGUAGAGGAGCACACUGUGACAAAUUCCUUGAAACAUCCACAAGGUUCUGGCACAUUUUCUUACUCUAGUAAAGAAAGCACCACAAGGAAAGGUAGGAGACUGUCUGGGCCAACAGUCACAGGAAGAAGACUAAAGAAGAGAAAUGUGAGUGUUAGUGACUGUGACGUGCUCAAUAAGGAGCCUCAGAACCAACCUGGAGGAGACCCAGAGGAGCCUCACAACAUGCAAACCACUACAACCCCUAAGGCAUUAAACAAAAUCCCACUGGAAAGCGCAGUACCCGACAAGGAAGGAGUUGAGAUUGAACCUAACAGUCAGAUUUCUACAGAUCCACCCAGCAUAGCCUCGGACAGCACACUGCCCAGGCCCUGCCUGCUUUCAGGUGACGAACUCCGCUACACUUUGAAUGAAGAGUCAGCACAAGAAAAACAAGUCAGGAGGAGCUCUAAAAACAGCCCCAAACUGCAAGAGGAAGGAGACAAAGCAGCAGAACAACUGGUGAACUGCAGUGUGGAAGAGAAUGCAUCAGGAGAAGAAGCAUCAAGCCAGAUUGAAAGCAGGUCUAGCUCUGACAACCAGGAAGAUGAGACAUUCACGAAUGUACACCUGGCCCCCUGGCAGGCUGACUUUAAUUUUGAGGAUGUCUUUAAACCUGUCUCCACUAGAGGGCAGCGCUCAGUUCGCCGCAGCCUCAGGAACCAAAGAAACUCAGGCCACAGCAACAAUAGUGCAGGUCUCGCAUGGGUGCCUCGAGUCUCCCCUGUCUCCAGUAAAGAUCCCCGCAGGAAAACCAGGGGCCGACGCCUCAGUGCUGCUCUAGCUGUUCAACCUUCACUCGAGGAGUCACUAAACAACAUGUGGUGAGACUUUGAAGGGGCCACAUGGGAGACGGUGUCUGCUUGAAUGAACCCAGGUUCAAUUUAACAAUUAAUACAUUUAUCUUCUGACACACACACCCACAAAACUGAGUGAACAACCACCAUGUUUUAAAUUAUUUUGUGUUGCACUUGAGUUAUUGGGACCAGCAUGGCAUUCAAGGCAGACAUUCAUUGCGCUUAGAGCUCAGUCAUCUGCUGGCCACCUCCUAAUCAAUAUCAAACCACUCAGCUGGUAAUCACAGGUCAUCUUCAGUCUCACUCUCAAGUCAGUGGAUCGACAAUGUUCCAGUCAAUAUCUACUUUUGACAGAUGUGCUGCAUUCAUCAUUUGUUAAGCUAAGCUGAAGCCAAGCUGGAAUAAUGGAAGGAGAAAGAUAAUACAUGGAUAAAACCACAAAACCCUUGUUGGUGGUUUUUGGAAUGGACUAUCUUUAACAUUUUGGUGUUUGUCAUUUCAUUGAUCCAGAAAAGAACAUCUUUAUGGCUUUUUCUGAUCCAUUUUUAUGGGUGAUUGUAAUGCUGUGUUCAUUAUAAUAAGGGGUGAAUUAAAAAUUUUGCAAAUUAAUGUAUUAGUUAGUUUUAUCAAAUUGUACUGUGCCUUGCAAGGCUCUUCUCUGGUUAUGUGUAAUGACACCUUUAACAGACCACACUGUUCAUUUUGAAGGAAUUAUUCAAAUAUUAAAUCAACCAAUUUCUUCCUAAA